GCUCGCGGGAAUUUGAGACGUACGUGCGUGCGGGUGCCCGGCUCACCGGCGGAAGAUGCCCAGGGAUGGCCGAGUGCUGUCGGGAUAUCGUCUAUCGGGCGAAUGACGGCGAACUGAAGAUGUCGGCGGCGGUGGCAGGGGAUGAUGCAGCCUUAGUGAAGGCUUAUGACAAGGCGAUCACAUCCUUCCAGGGUUCAGACUGUGAGGAAGAAGUUCAAGUGCCGACCGACGAGCAGGAAGGGUCACUGAAAGCUGCGGGACACAGCGAGGAACCUGAUGAUGGCACUGUGUCCAUACAGGACUGGGGUGUGGGAUCCCGUUGUCGUGCAUGCUGGUCUGUGGAUGGCCUGGUCUAUCCCGCCGUGUUGGUCUGGGUUGAGGGCCCGCGGGGCAGGGUGAAGUUUGACGGCUAUGGAAACGAGGAGGAGCUUGAGCUGUCGAUGCUGCUGCCUGGGGAGCCUGAACUGUGGACAGUAGGGUCCCAGUGCCGGGUGGUGUGGUCCGGAGACGGCUUAGUGUACCCUGCGGUGCUGAUCUCCAUAAAUGGGGACCGAGGGCGGGUGCGAUUUGAUGGCUACGGAAAUGAGGAGGAACUGGAGCUGAGUGCCCUGCUGCCCCCAGGAGAACCGGAGCCGAGUGACAGUGCUGCAACCCAGGCUCUGAAAAGGAGCCCAGAUGGUGGCAGUAGCAGCUCCGACUGCAAAAAUAAGGAGAAACAGAAGAUAAGUGUCGACAGAGAGGGUCUGUACAGCCUGGGCUCCAGCUGCGUCACUGGUACUGGUGAAGAUAGCAGUAAUUACUAUACGAGGAGUAAAAAAGAGCGGAGAAGCACAAAGAUGACAGGCAGCUGGAGAGGCAGACCCGCAGGAAGCUGCCCCACAUCAGCUCACCCUUUUCCCAGCUUUCCUUCUGUGCCAGCAGCCAAUGAGAGCUCAGAGGGGUUUUUGCCUCUCGUCCCGCCGCCACCUCCCUUUUGCACCUUGCCCACCAGAGCGGGGGCUGAUGGAGGCAUCGCUGGCCUGGACCAGGAAGUGGCUCAUCUGUCCAGCAUGCUGCUGUCUUGGUACCUCUGCGGGUACCACACCGGCUACUACAUGGCCAAACAACGCACAAAAGCUAACGCAGUGACAGACACGAAGAAACCUAAGCACGGCUACAAGUGUGAGAAGCCUUAAGAGCGUUUCUUCUGACGAUAUGAGGACUUCGAGACAAAGUGAGGUUUAAGUCAGUGCCAAGUUUGUCAGUGCUAAAUGCCGUCUGUGGUUUUCCAUUCUUGGCCCUAAAACGGACAAAUGGAUGGACGAGCGACAGACAAGUCCUUUUUGGUUGUGUUGGGUGAAGUUUGUCUUAAACUGAGUGGAGAGGAUUUCCUGACCUCACUGCUUAUCUGCUGUCUAGCGUGCGCCUGGUUCCUCUGCGUAAGCUUGUAAUUGUACCUUUUGAGGUACAGAAAUUAACUCUGAGAAACAUCCCGAAGGUACAAACAGCAUUGAUGUUCCAUCAUUGGUACAGAAAUGAUCCUCAGAGUCCAUUUCUGUACCUAAAAAGGUACAAUUACCUACAGCUAAGGGUACAAUCAGCGGACCUUUGACAGUACAGACCCAGUGACAAGCAAGGGUACAAAUUUUUCACCCUUUUCUGAGUGCUUUCAGUUUCUCAUUCCUUAUUAUAAAAUUGAAACGAUGGAAAGAAAGACAGAAACUGGCAUUUGCAGUGACACCUUUCCAAUAAAAAAGUUUAAAAUGAGAAA